UUUAGACAGCACAUUGUUUCUGGAACUCCAGGACGAGUGUUUGGUAUGUAUAAUUUGUUUUUCAAGAUCUGUAGUUAUUAAACAGGUUUCAAUAGAUAUGAUCAGGAGAAAAAAAUUAAGAACGCGAAAUAUUAAAACUUUGGUAAUAGAUGAGAUGCUGAAUAAAGGUCUCAAAGAACAAAUAUAUGACGUAUAUCGUUUUUUACCUCCAGCAACUCAGGUUAUUCUUAUAUCUGCUACGUUACCAAAUGAAAUAUUGGAAAUGACUAGCAAUUUUAUGAGAGAUCCAAUUCGGAUUUUAGUAAAACGGGAUGAAUUGACACUUGAAGGUAUCAAACAAUUUUUUGUUGCUGUUGAACGGGAAGAAUGGAAAUUCGACACAUUGUGUGAUUUAUAUGAUACACUGACUAUCACACAAGCAGUGAUUUUCUGUAGUACUAAAAGAAAAGUGGAUUGGCUAACAGAAAAAAUGAGGGAAUCUAAUUUUACUGUUAGUUCUAUGCAUGGUGAUAUGCCUCAAAAGGAAAGAGACACAAUUAUGAAAGAAUUUCGCGCUGGUCAAACGAGGGUUUUGAUAACAACCGACAUAUGGGCAAGAGGUAUUGACGCCCAACAAGUUUCGUUAGUAAUUAAUUAUGAUUUGCCCAACAACCGUGAGUUGUAUAUACAUAGGAUUGGUCGCUCAGGAAGAUUUGGCAGGAAAGGUGUGGCGAUGAAUUUUAUAAAAACCGACGACAUUUGUAUAUUAAGAGAUGUAGAACAAUAUUAUUCUACGCAAAUAGAUGAAAUGCCCAUGAAUGGUAAGUUUAAUUUAGUAUUUGAACAUCAAAUAUGUGCUCAAAGUAUAUUGAGCAUUGCAUGUUCAGUAGACUCUCAGCAGUUCGAAAAUUCGAUAUAUAAAGGUUUACAAUUCAGCGAAAGUCUGAAUUAUCCAAGGAAAAAAUGAAUAAUACAAAUUAAUAACAGUUAAGACUUAUUACUGUACAUAUUUAUUAUUUAAAGCUGGCAAACUAGGUACAUACCCGAUCAUUAUUUAUUCA